AUGAUGCUUCAUGGUCAGGGGACCCCAGACAGAAAGCUCGGGAGAGGCCGUCCUGCUCAAAGCAGUACAGCGGUCUGCAGGGAUGCACAGGUCCUCAAGGCUGAGGAGAAGGAAGCAGCAGCCAAUGACUCCUCUUCAUCCUCUUCUUCCUAUGCUUUAAUGGGGGCCACAGCAAUAGAAAAGUAUGGGUAUAGCACAGCAAGUUGUCCUCAGAAUCCUCAGGGCAUCUUUUCUCUCCCCACUGCCUUGGGCUCCACUCCAAAGAGCCAGUGCUGUGAGGGCUCCAGCGGGCAAGGAGAGGGGGCUGCGAGCUCCGCCCAGGGUGGGGAUGCCUCGCAGGUCAUGCAGGGUGAGCUCCUAAAUGACAAGUUAGAUAAAUUGCUGCCAUUCCUGCUCCACAAGUAUCAAAAGAAGGAGCAGGUCACCAUGGAAGAAAUGCUGCACAUUUUGGGCGGUGAUUACCAUGUGCACGACCCUCUGCUGUUUAAGGAACUCUGUGAGUGCAUAUGUAUGAACUUUGGCAUUGAGAUGAGGGAAGUGGAUGCCCCUGGGCACACAAACGAGCUUGUGCCCAUCUUGGUCCUCACUUAUAAUGGGCUCCUAGACAACGAGGUCCAGGCCAUUCCUAAAGUGGACCUCCUGAUACUCAUCCUGAGUAUCAUCACUGCAAAGGGCAGCAGGAUCAGUGAGGAGGGACUAAGGGAACUACUGAGAAACAGGCAGCUAUUAGAUGAGAGAGAGCAUGCUGUUAUUGGGGAUCCCUGGAAAUUCAUCACAGAUUUGGUUCAGGAGGAGUACCUGGUGUACCAGCAGGUUCCUAACAGUGAUCCUGCUCGCUAUGAGUUCCUGUGGGGUCUGAGGGCCCACGCUGAAACCCCCCAGAUGAAAGUCCUGCAGCAUAUAUUCAACUGUGAUAGUUCGCAUUCCAGGGCUUAUGGACAUCUACAUAAGCAGGCUUUCAGAAAGGAUGAAGUUAUUUUCAGGGCCCCUGAGGGGCAGGAUGAGUGA